CCGGAGAUUGACGCGGGGGCGGCGGCGGAGGGGAGGAGGCGGCGGAGGAGCGUGGUCAUCGCGGCGGCGGGCGCAUUUGAGUGGAGAGGGACGGGGACUCCAGCCUCCAGGAACGGGUAUUUUUCACACAGGACUUCAGCGCUCCGGCCCGCCCAAAAGGCACCAGACCAGACCCAACCACAGGCACACAACCACUCAGAGGUCACAGAGCACCGGGCUGGAAACAAGAGGCAAAUUCCUCGGUUACGUGGAGGGUGGGGAUGGCCGCCGCCGCCGCCGCCGCCGCCACCACCCUCACGUUGGCGAGUCCUCUCCGGCGUCUCCUCCGUGCCCCCGGAGUCGUCUGCGAGCCGUACUAUUUCAUCGCGCGAGGGCGGUGUAGCGCCGCCAUUGCCGUCGCCGCCGCAGCAGCCAGGGACUCGGCAGCAAAAGGGAGCCUGGACAGGAAUGCAGCCGAGGAAGUCAGGAACAUUCUGGAUAUGGCAGAAAGGGCUUCCAAACGAAGAGAUGUUUUCCACACCAAUUUUCUUACUCCACCUAUAAUACAGGAGGCUAUGUUUGCAAUUGAGAAGUUAGCAGAUAUAAAAGCAGUAGCUCAGGGUGGCUACCCGCAGGCUGAGCGGUGUCGAAUUUCUGUUGGACACCCGGACUCUAUGACAAGUAACCCAGAUGUAGUUGCUGCUUUGAGCAUCUCAGGGAAUUUCCGAUUGGAACCCUGUUCUCAUGGUGACUUUCUCGGUGCCAUCCUCGGAACAGGAAUAACACGGGAGAAGGUUGGAGAUAUUCUUUUACAGGGGGAAAGAGGUGCUCAGGUCCUUGUUGAUCCAGAACUUGUUGACUAUCUGAUUUCUACUCUCGAAAAGGUGGGGAAAGUUGGUGUUUCAUGCACUCAGAUUCCUUUGCUCGCUCUAGAAUAUGAACCACCAAGGACCAAGUCAUUUAAAACUGUAGAGUCAUCCCUGAGGGUUGAUGCCUUGGCCAGCGCAGGAUUUAAAAUCUCACGCACAAAGCUUGCUAGCUUGAUAAGUGCCGGGGAUGUUCGUGUGAACUGGGCGCCAGUUUUGAAAAAUGGAGUUACCCUCAAAUCUGGAGACGUUGUUUCUGUCAGUGGGAUGGGAAGGUUAAAGAUUGGAGAAAUUGUAACUACUAGGAAAGGAAAGUAUGCGGUUGAGUUGAUUCAAUAUUUGUAAGCUUGGGACUGACCUACAGUCUUUUCACAAGUGGAAUUUAAAGGAUGAAGAAAAGGUCCCGUGGCACCAGUUAAAGCCUUUUUUUUGUCGAAAGAUUAGCUUUUAAGGGAUCUCAAGAAGGGAUGUACUCAAGUCUUUGUGCACCUCGACCUAUUUGUUAUGGUUUUUUCCUUCCUUUUUUUGGCUAGUACGCAAUAGUCCCUACCAUAGUCACAAAAUUCCUGGGUCGACCGGGUCGAGGAACGGGGUCGAGGGUCGAGGGACGUCACUUUAUAAAAUUGUGGUACGAAGGAGGUAUACCUCUAUGGAACGAUAAAUUAUUAUGUGGAACGCGACUCUGAUUCAUCCGGGUC